AUGUUUAUUCUUGAUCAAUCACAUAUGAUGUAUUCGGAACAAAUACCAACGUCUUCAUUUAAUACAGCUACAGUUUAUCUUCAAGAUUUUCAUUCAGAACCUUGUCAAGUAUGUGGAGAAAAUGCUAGUGGAUGGCAUUGUGGUUCAAUUACAUGUGAAGCAUGUAAAAAAUUUUUUCUUCGAUCAGUCAAUGGUGAAUAUCUUAAAUACAAAUGUAUACGAGAUAAGAAAUGUAUUAUUGCACGUACUACACGAACACAAUGUCAAUAUUGUCGAUAUUCAAAAUGUAUUGCAAUUGGCAUGAAAAUUAUUGAAGAAAGUUCCAAUCCAAAAAUUGAAGAAAUCUUUAAAGAAAUUCCAUGUGCUGUUUGUCAAUCUGCAUCAUCUGGUAUACAUUUUGGUGCAACAACAUGUGAAGGUUGUAAAGGAUUUUUUCGUCGAAUGAUAAAAGAACGCAUACCACAACAUUAUAAAUGUUCAGAAAAAAAUAAUUGUGAAGUUAAUGCUAUAACAAGAAAUAUGUGUCGAGCAUGUCGGUUUCGAAAAUGUCUUACGGCAGGAAUGUCUAUUGAAGGUUCACGUAUAGGAAGACAAUCAAAUUUAUUUAAACAUAAAAUGGUUGAAAUGCAACGUCGAGGUUUAAUUCAACCUCAAUUAUUCAAUAUAUUGACUUCAAGUUUAAAUAAUUCAAGAAAAAAAUUAACGCAUAUCAAUCAAGAACCACCAGUUGUGUCAAGUGUAGAAGAUAAACUUGAUUCUGAAGUGUUUCAACAAAUAUUGAAGAUUGAAAACGCUUAUAUCAGUCAACUUAAAGAACUUCCAAUUUGUUCGAAUGAAACAAAUGACGUAUGGAUGGCUUGUACAUCUCAAUUGAAUGAAUAUUCGAAUCGUGUCAGAGAUUUUAUUGACAGAAUACCAAAUUUUAAUUCUAUUCAUUUUAUUGAAAAAACAUCACUUACUCAUUUAUCUACUCAUUCUGUUAUUUUAAUGUGUCUUUGUAUACAUUCAUUACGUUUACGAACAAUAAAUACUAAUUGGAAUUAUUUUAAUAUUUCAUCAAAUUCGUCAAUCAAUCAAUAUGUACAAGAACGUUUUCCGUUUUUCUUUGAAUUAAAUCGUUUAACAUAUUCAUUUCAAAAAGAACUACAAAUACUUGAACUUGAUGAUAAAGAAAUUUCACUUAUGCUUACGUUACUUAUAACUUCAAUUGGAAACGAUAAGUUAAAAGAAAUCGAAAAUAUUGAAGAAGAAUUUUUUUCGAUUUUAUAUGAUUAUAUGGCUGUUAAACGUGGUAUUGAUAAUAAAGAUUAUUUUAUUUUAACAAUUCAAAUUCCACUUUUACAUCGUAUUAAUAAUCUAAUAUCGACAAAUAUAAGUAAUUUUAAAGUCUCAUUACCUUAUGAAAUAUAA